GACACCAAUAAUAACGCAAAAAAAAAAUACUAUUGUUUGGUUACUUCAUUCGAAGAAUGAAGUGUUAAACAUAGACUAGAAGUAAUUAUAUUAUAUUUUAUUAUAUAAUAUCUAAAUUAUGUGGAAGUCUCUUGUGUAAUUCUUGUACUCUAUAUAAACUUUUUUUAUUCCAAAAUUGCACAAGUUAUAUUUUCUAAAACUCAUCUACUAUAUAACGGCUUUUAUCUCCAAACCCUAAAAUCAAUAAUUGUUAAGUCGUAUUGGAGGGCAUAUCGAAAAGGACAAUAAUAAAGUACUUUAUACUAAAAUUGUGAUUUAACCAUUUCCUUUCGCUAAAAUCACCUAUCAAUCUGGUCCAAUAUCCAAUAUUUUCGGUUCUUACCAUCGGUAAAAUAACUUUUCUAAACCAUUGCCUAAAACCCUUUUUUAUAUUUUCUUGUCGUCGGUCAUGAUUCCAAACUACUAGAAAAGAAUAUAGGUAUGAUGAAGCAUAUUACGUUAUGGAUGACAUUGCGCCAAAGAUGUCAAUGUGUGAGUAAUUGCCCAUCAGGACAGGUUUAGGGUCCAAUUUCCCCCAACUCUAAUUUGCUUGGAAAAUUCAACCCUCCUAUGUCCUAUCCUAAUCCUCCCUCGGGACAGUGCCAAAUAUUUGAAAUCAAUUAAUUAACUGAUUAAUUAUUGCUUCUUAUGACCAAAAAGAAAGAAACAAAGAAUAUUAUAAACAGAGUAGGGCAAAGGCCCACGAUGGUUUGAUGGAGAAGAAUAGAAAGAUGAAGGGUUGGAAGCUGCUUUGGGAUUCUUGUGAAGCAACUUUGGGGCAAUUUCAAUUCACACAUCUUUUUCUCCACUCUCCUAUUCAAGCAAAGGUACAUUCACCAAUUCACAACCGUUCAAAAUCGUCCCAACGAUUAAGAAACACGUAAGGACGUUUAACCCUGUAAGAAGAGUAUAUGUUAAAUUGAAGAGGGGAAAACGUCUCAUGAGAAAAAUUGACUGUAAUUUGUAAAUGGAUAAUUUUUUUAACAAUUGUUAAAAGUACAUGAUGUGAUAAAUAUGUGCAAUGUCUCGGUUUGGUGGUGUGUAUGAUGUAGAGAUAUAGAGAAUGGUAAAAUGCAUAGCUAAUACGGGUGUCUAUACGGUGAUGCCGAUCAAACCACAUUAAUACAGAUCGCACAACAUCGCAUGUCAAUACGGACCGCAUGCUUGCUGUCCCUCUCGUAUCCCCUUCAUCAUGGAACUCCCCCUCCAUACUCUGCCUUUCAGCAAUCUUCAACCAUAGCAAUCGGAGAUCAGUUUCCACCAACGGAUGGACCGAUGAAAAUUCUCUAAUGUGUGUCUAAAUUAUGGGAAAAGGGUUGGACUUGAAAAUUUUAAAUGACCUAUUACGAUUCGAUUUGACCACAUUUGUGGUUCGUGUGUCCUUCGAUCGGGCCGAUGCCCACCUCUAAUAGCUGAGCCUUGGAACUUACUACAAUGGAAUCUUUUUCUCUUUGCACGUAAAUGUAAUGCAGUAAAAGAAAGCCUUAAUUAAAUAUUAUCUACCAUACGCCCCAACUUUGGGACCAAAGAAAUAAGGACUACCAACGUGCUACAGCCGACUAAUUACCCUAUGACCUAGGGAUGAAAAUGGGUCGGGUUUUGUCAAACCCAAACUCAUCGGUUUAUCCGUGAAAAAAACCCGGGAUAAAAUACACUGGGUUUGAAAAACUCAAACCCAACCCAACUCGCUGGGUAUCCGUGGAUUUAUGGGUACCCACGGGUUUUUUUCGUAAAAAAUUUACAAUAACAAGUUCCUAUAAAAAUUAAAGUCAAAUAUCAAUCUCUCAAUACAAAUUAUCCAUAUAUAAAACACCAUUCUAAAAAAUUCAAGCAAAUCACAAAUUAACUAUACAAAUUGUUUAACACCAAUCUAGAAAACUCAAUAAAAUUGAAGCAAAUCACAAAUUAUCCAUAAAUAACAUGAUUAAUUGAAAGCUUCUUCCUUUCAAUUAAGUUUCUUCACUCUCCACUCGAUGACAUCAACUUCAUUCUACACAAUUAGAAAGAAAAAAUUAGACAUGUCUCCACAAACAUAAAUAAGAUUAGUUGUUCAAAAUAUUAGAUAUACCGAAAAAAUUAACUCUAUGGGUGUGGGAGGGUACCCAUGGGUCGGGUUUACCUAAAUCCAAACCCAACCUAACCCGGUGAAUAGUGAACAGGUUUAUACCCAAACCCGACCCAAAACCCGUCAACACGAAUUUUACCCGCGUUGACCAGGUUGGGUCCGACGAGUACCCGUGGGUUUGGGUUUUGUUGCCAUCCUACUUUGACCCACCACACCAAUUUUGGUCCAAUUUUUUCCUCAUUGGAAUAACCGCAAUAAGAAACAAAGUUCAGGGGUGGGCAUUGGAGAAAUACAACAAUAAGUAGAAGAUGUAUUAUAAUUGUCUAAAUGACAAUGAUGAAUUAGGUAAAACAACAAACAAUGGGUAGAAGAAGUAUAAUAUUAUUAUAUAUUUAAAAGAAAAUGAAAAUCUAAGUGAGGAGUGUACGACAUAUGCUACGUGUGCAUAAGAAGGCCAAAGGAGGAGAAGAACAUAAAGAAGUGUUUUAAGGGUUAGAUUCUCGAUCCCAUUGGAUUAUCAGUCAUCGCCAAUCACAAGAAGAACGCACAAUUCAAAUACACGGUUCAAAAUUCACGUCCUAUAGCCAAAGUGUAUUUUUUUUUUAUGCAUGUGUAUUAUUUUAUGUGUUGUCAGUUACUGUAUGUGUUACCAAAUAGUGAAACGCGGUUCAAGUGUGGAUAUUCAACGUUGAGAGGCUCAAGGGGAACGGUUUUGGAAGGAACAUAUACGAGAAGGGUUCCACCGGAAGUGGUGGAAGUAUGAUUUGAAACUAUCAGUAUUCUCUUUUCAAAAUACAAAAAUAUUAAUAAUUAUAACUAAAAUUACUAAUAUCCAAAUAAUGUAUUUACAGAUACAAAAAUAAUUGACUAGUAUUCUAAUUGUUUUCAUAAAUAACUAUGAUGGGUUUUCAUUUUUGUAAAUGAGUUUUUUUUAUAAUGAUGAACUAGGUUAAAAAACCCGAGGAAAAAAAAACCAUAGUCAAAGUACAAAUAGGAGAGAUCACAAGGAUUGAUCUCGGCAGGAAAAGAAAGCAAUAAAGAGCGGAUCAGUCCGCUUUUGUACCAAACAGAAAGAGGGGACAUGCAGGGGUCAAGACAAACAGACCAGCCCCGUAUACCCAUAAAAACAGCAAAAAAGGAUAGAGAGCUCUGCACCAGCUUGUUCAGCAAGCUCUGUAGGAAGAAGCACAAAGGAACCAGUCUGGGAAUGAACAAACCAUCAUGAGAAAGAGGCCAGAGCAACAGCUCACAACCUGCAAAGGUUGUCAUUAAGUCAUUGUAGACCUUGAUUCUUAUCGAAUUUUCCAUGAGCAAUAGCCCAAUCCACCAUCGCCCUGGCAGCAUGUUCGGAGAGAAGUGCAAAAUACAUUCGUUGUCUAAACUCAUAAGCAAGUCUCUUUUAAUGUAUCACACUAAUAACGAUUAUCAAACUGGUUGUCAAUUAGACUUCGAAGUUUAUUCGUAACAUAACUCAAAACUGAAAAUACUCUUUCUACACUUCCAGUUGCAACUAGUAGAAUCAAAACUAAUGAAAUCGCCGCUGCAACUGGACUACUUUAGGGUUGCUAGGCAAAAAAUGAACGUCAUAAAGAGAAAAGAGACACGAUUGGGUAUUUAUUCCAAUUAGGAUUUUAUUUAUAGCAUGAUAAAAAAACAAUUUAUGAACAAGUGAUGAUUUGUGGUGUAGUGGUAAAACACUCUUAUACCGCCUAUAUGUGUUGAGUUCCAAUCUUAGUAUAAGCAUAUAUGAGGUUUUUUUUUUCUUCCCAAAACUUAUCCAUGUCGUGGGACUAUGUCCAAUAGGUCUGCCUCCGCCUAUGAACAUGGGUGGACGCACAUGUAGGUGCAAAGGAUAAAAAAGAAGAUGUGUUUGGUGUUAGGAUGACCACUACCAUUUGACUCGUUUACCUCAAUAUGUCAAUAUAUAUAUUGUGGUGGAUCUUGGAUUGGGUAUUAUAGAAGGAUCCUUUUGAUAUUGUAUUUCGUUUUGUUCUUUUUAGUUUUGAUCCAAUCCGUCUAACUUUCACAUAAUAUUUACUCAAAUCAUUUAUUAUUUCACAUAGCAUCCAAAGGCAUCGAGUUGAGUCAAUAAAUUUUUUCCAUAGUCAUGAUCAAGGGAUGCGAUCAGAUUCCUGCUAAGUCAAGUUUUCCACUAUGACUUAUGUCUCAGGAGACAUAAAAUUUCUUGCAGGUCACUUCACUUCGGAGAACCAAACCAUGUGGAAAAUUCUCAACUCACAAAGUCGAUCUACAUUAACAAGCGGGAUAACUCCAUAUUUAGUGUUGAGCUAUAGACUACUAUAUUGCAUAUGACCCAACGGCCCAUCUCACAUGCGGUCUGUCACGACACAGACAAGCCCACACCAUCUCUUGCUCAUGUUGUAUUUGUGUGCCCUAGUUGCUUUAACCUAAUUGAUGAUAGUUGUAUGGGUAUAAAGCAUACUAUAAGGCCGCCGACCACAAUUGAACUCAAGUAAUAAUAUCUCAGUCGGAGAGUUGAUCUCUCCCAUGGACAAGUCCUAGUAAUCAGGGAUACCAUGUCAAUAUCGUCUUGUUUUUGCGGUUUAUCAUUUUUCUCAUGGUAUCAGAGUAGUGAUCCUUGUAAAUUGUUGUCAUGUCUGAGAAGGAGGUUUCAUCACUGGCGUUUCCUUUGUCCAAGUUGACAAGUUCUGGGUCUGCGACAAGGAGCUCGAUGUGCAGAGCUCUUUCUUCAUCCACAAUUGUGAUUCCACAUACCAUCUCCACGUGAGCAGUUUGUUUACUCCGAUGAACUACGGUGAAUGGGUCCUUGAGAUGACUGGUGCUCUUGUCACUAAAAACAAGCUCUGGUUCGUGGAUAGGUCUAUCCCAUGUUCCACUGAUGGUUCUCAAUCCCUUGUCUGGUUGCGAUGUGAUGCGCUAGUCAAGGGCUGGUUGUGGACAGCGAUGGAUGCGGAACUACACAGUAGUGUUAUGCAUGCAAAGACGGCUCAGGAGAUUUGAGAGGAUAUCGGUGAUCGCUUCAACAAAGGAAACUUGACUAGGGCGUACAAGUUACGUCGUCAUGUGAGUCUACUCCAAUAAGAAAAACAGUUUGUCUCUAGAUUCUAUACAAAGGUGCGAAAAAUAUGGGAGGAGACACAAUCAAUUUUACUGCCCCCCCCCCCCCCCCCCCCCCCCGCGCUCUGUUCAUGUGGGCGUCGCUUUCGUGAUUAGAAUGAGAGUCUGUGUCUACUGGAUUUCUUGCUUUGUCUGGAUGAUUCUUUCUCUACGGUUCGUAGUCACACCCUUUCAAUGGCUGAGCCUCCAUAUCUUCCUAAAACUUUUCGAAUUGUCUAUAUUGAUGAACAACAAAAGACCCUCACUCAGAACCGAAAACCAAUCCCCGAAGCUGUUGCAUUUACGAUGAGUGGGGACGCGAACAAGCUUUCUUCUGGUGCUCGUCCGUCUCGAGAUCGUGGAUCUAGUGAUCGUGAAAGUCUUCAAUGCAUCCAUUGCCUCAAAUAGAUGGUCAUCUCCACGACACAUGUUACCAACUUAUUGGCUAUCCAUCGCGCGAUAGGCUAGAGGAAAUGCCAAAUCGUCGCAAGGACAGGCCGGGUCGGGAGGCUGGCACUGGCCGAGAAUCAAGUCGCGACAAUGGGUUGGAUUCCGAGUUAUCUCGCAGAUGCAGUCGUGAGCCACGAGCUUCCCAAGCUUACGCCGACGCGAGUCUAGUGUCUGGAUUUUUUGUACAACAACUAGAGAAGCUAAGGAAGUUUUUGACGGACAAUUCCAAGGGGUCAGCGAUCCUUCUAGUCACAUGGCUGGUAAGUUUUCCUUUACCGAAGAACCUGAGCGGCUCAUUGACUCAGGUUGCAAUGAGCAUAUAACCACGGAUGCUAAUCUCUUGAGUUCACAUAUAUCUAGAUUAUCUAGUCAACCCAUGCGUAUUCCUAACAGGACCAGCAUUCCCGUUAAACGUUGAGGGUCUGUCCAAUUGGGUGGUGGUCUGCUACAGAACUACUUGCUCGUGUAUUGCAUGUCCCGAAAUUCCGAUGCAAUCUUUUAUCAGUCAACUGCCUUUGUCAAGAGCACAAUGAUGCUUUAAUAUUUCUGGAUGAUUUCCGUAUUAUACAAAAUUACACUCCAGGAACGUGAUUGGGAAGGGGGAGAUUCAUGAUGGUUUAUACUUUCUGCGGUUGUUUGGCUGUCGCAGAGCUCGGGCGAAUGCCGAGGAGAAGGCUCUAGCACUUUCCUGCACUAUAUGACAUGCACGUUUGGGCCAUCCUUCGACCGUCAUUCUUACCAAGCUUCGAGAUGUUCAUCUAGUUUCUUUUGAUUCAGAUUCUAGUGUUUGUCAUCCUUGUUCUCGGGCUAACCAAGUUUGGACACCUUUUUCUACGAGUGGGAUUCGAACCACUUCUUGUUUUGAGAUGUUGCACGUGGAUAUUUUGGGUGGUUAUCAUACUCCAUUUUACAGUGGUUCUUAUUAUUUUUUGACCAUUGUUGAUGAUUUCAGUCGUGGAGUUUGGGUGUAUCUUAUGCAAUUUAAAUCUAAUGUUGAUCGCUACAUACAAAUUUUCUGUCAUCUUGUGCGUAUGCAAUUUGGUAAGUAGGUAAAGAAGAUUCAGGCAGAUAAUGUUCCUGAGUUUGACACUCUGGUUUUGCGGGACUUCAAUAGUCGUGAAGGCAUUUUGCUUCAAACCUCCUGCAUUGACACGCCUCAGCAUAAUGGUUUAGUUGAACAGAAGCAUCACCACUUGCUCGAUACUGCUUGAGCACUGCGUUUUCAAGCAUCUUUGCCCAUACGUUUUUGGGGCGAGUGCAUUCUUACCACAACAUACUUGAUUAAUCGACUGCCGACUACUUCUACUGGACGCACACCAUAUGAGGUAAUCUUUGGAAAAACACCGAAUUAAUCCCAUUUACGAGUGUUUGGAUGUCUUGUGUAUUGCAAGGACACACACUCUCAUCUUGGAAAGUUCGAUGAGCGUGGUCGUGCUUGCGUUUUCAUGGGUUAUGCGACAAGUCAAAAGGGGUAUCGUGUAUAUGAUCUGAUGACACAGAAGAUUCUUACUAGCUGCGAUGUUCUUUUCCACGAGACUGUUUUCUCGUUUUAGUCUGACGUUGCCCAGAAUUUUCGUUUGGUUCCUCGCGCCAGUUUUGAUCGGCCCGGGGAAGAGUUGGAAAACGAGCUUGUGCUUGCAGACCCUACUCCCGUCCUACCUUCAUUCUCUCUAUCUGGGUCUUGUACAACGAGCUUUGGUCCACCCUUACCCACUUUUGAUGACUCAUCCAUUCCUCGGGCUUCUCCUCUUCCCGAGCACAUGUCUCCUCAGACUACUUCCCCAAGCCAGUCCACGCCGGCCCAUCCUUCCUUGGACAGGUCUCGGUCUGGCUUGGCCUCUCCUCCCACGAAUUCUUCUUCCGAAAUGUCCAGGACUGGUCCGACGUGUCUUCCGAUGCCAUCUCCUCCCCAAGUGCGGCGUGGUGAUCGGCAGCGUGUGCCACCUAAAUACCUUAGCAAAUAUUAUACAGGGAGUCAAGCCAACUCUGUCCAUUAUCCCAUCUCUGCCUACUUGUUUUAUAAUGGUUUUUCUUCUAAUUAUUGUGCCUUUCUUGCUACGGUAGCUCAUCAUCCCGAACCACGGAAUUUCUUCGAAUCUGUUAAAGAUGAAUGUUGGUGACGGGAAAUGACAGCUGGAGUUGUGGCACUUGGAGUCUUGUUAUGCUGUCACUCGGAAAAAGGGUAAUUGACUGCAAAUGGCUUUACAAGAUCAAGUUCUACUAUGAUGGCACGAUUGAGCGUUAUAAGGCUCGUCUGAUGGCAAAAAGGCUAUACCGAGAUUGAAGGAAUAAAUUUUCACGACACUU